CAAAGCGAAAACAAAACAUUGCACGGCUGGCACUGGCUUAUUGAGCUAGAAGUGUUAGAGGAUCCUGUCUCUGAUUUAAAAAAGAGGCAGCAUGCAGUCUGAACUGAGCAAUCCAUUUAACUUGACGGAGUGCUGCAGGGCCUGUCUCAGGGCUGAAUGCACACUCACGUCAACCUGCCUGCUAGACAAUGAUACAAUCAAGCUCUGCGAUAAACUAACCACUUGUGUUGCUGAAGUUGCAUGGAUCAAGGAAGGCUUCUCCAGCUUGAUAUGUGAUUAUUGCUUGGAGAAGCUGAGGAUUGCCUACAAUUUUAAGAUUCAGUGUUUGGAAUCUGAAAGCACUCUGCAGCAAUGUCUGAUGGCUGACAAUAAAAUUUCUGAAAUUAGUAUGCAAUCAUACAUACCGGUUUCUGAAAUAACUCCGACUAUACAAUAUGCUGAAGUGGAUCCCCAAUUGGAUACUGAUAAGCUCGAAACAUCUAGUCAAGACUUCCUGACCAAUUAUUUGGACGAUUCAUUACCAAUGGACAAUGAGAUGGUACCGUCUCCAGUUUCGAGUCUCUCUAGUUUCAUGAAGUUCAACACCGUUCCGAGAGCGGUGAUUGCUUGUAGAACGGUGAAGACGCAGACGUACCCUUUACCACAGUAUCCACCACUAACACCGGCUGCCGCUAAGUUGGAUGCGCAGCAGACCAAGACGGAGAUCGUCGUGGAGGAAUCCUACAAGCAUAUGUGCGAACUUUGUGGGAAAAAGUACGCAAAGACGGCUAAUCUAAAGAUCCACAUGCGGACGCAUACCGGAGAGAAACCAUUCGAGUGCAAGUACUGCGAGAAGAAGUUCUACCACACGUCGCAUUUGAGGGAGCACAUCAGAAGGCACACCGGUGAAAAACCCUUCCAGUGUUCGGUGUGUCAGAAAAGAUUCACGAUAACUGCAGAGCUGACUGUUCAUAUGAGAAUUCAUACUGGAGAGAAACCGUACGCCUGUACGUACUGCGACAAGAAGUACAUCAAGGCUUCGGAUUUGCAGGUGCACAUGCGGUCUCACACCGGAGAGAAACCGUUCCCUUGUUCAUACUGCGAAAAGAAGUUCACUAGCGGAUACAUCCUCAACUCACACAUGAAGGUGCACACAGGUGAUCGGCCUUGGGCGUGCAACAUGUGCGAUAAAUCCUUUACGCAAUCCUCGCAUCUCACCGUGCACAUGAAGAAGCACACUGGGGAGAAGUUUUCCUGUAAGCAGUGCGGGCAGGAAUUCUCGCAUUCCUCGCAGCUCACAGUUCACACGAGGGAGCAUACUGGGAAACAGCCGUACAAGUGCGAAUACUGCGAGAAGGUGUACAACUACGCUUCGGAGUUACAGAUACACAUGGUGAAGCACACGGGGGAGAGGUUUGCAUGUCCCACCUGCAACAAAAAGUUCUCCACUGCAGGAUAUCUCCAGGAGCACAUUCGUAUGCAUACAGGGGAAAAUCUUUUAUCCUGCAACAUGUGCGAUCGUACCUUCACGCGCGCCACCUACCUAGAAAAGCACAUACGAACUCACACCGGUGAGAAACCCUUCACCUGCAAUGUUUGCAACAAGAACUUUACGCAGACUUCAUCGCUCAACGUGCACAUGAGAAAGCAUACCGGAGAGAAACCGUUUGUUUGCGCUGUCUGCGACAAAGCAUUCGCAACGAAUUCCUAUCUCACCACCCACCUGAGAAAACAUAAACAGAAAUUCGCAAUUUUAUAGGAGUACCUGAUAGCCGACGACAACUCGGCUAUCAGUAAUGACCUCGACUUCGAUAUUCAACCACUCUGAACAACCAAAUUGCCAUAUACUAAUAUAUAACAAGGAAAUCUUCAGCAAACAUCCCUGAGAAAUACAUACAAAGAAAACUUCCUAUAUAUACAUACAUUUAUAUACUAUUAAGGUUAUUGUUACUAAGAGCUUUUAUUACUAUUAUUAUUAAAACACUAUUUUUUUAUUGACUGAAAAUUUUUCCGAACGCGGAAAAAGAAUCCAAAAUAGGAAUUUUUUCAUUUGUGCG